UUACAAUCAAUGCUUAAUAAUCAAAGCGAACAAAACUCUGUAUUUCAAAAUUAUCUUUCGGAAUUUUGGGAAAAGAAGUUAUACGCUGCUGAAAUUAAGAGAGAAAAAAAUCUAAAAAAAUACUCUAAUAAUACGACUGGACGAGUCGUCAAACGGAAACAACAUAAGAAAAAUUGA